AUGGGACUGACCUUCGCUGAGGGACAGGCCCUGGGUCCGAGCGGCCAGGAAGAGACAGUCAACUUCCUGGUGGACAGCGGCGCGGGCUACACCCUCCUCCCAUUCAAUGUAUGGCGGUCGCUGGAACUGGAGCCAACUCGCGAGGAGAAAUUCAUCCUCGCCGAUGGCACAGUGGUAACCCGCAAUUUGUCUCGAUGUUAUUUAAGGCUUCCGCUGGGUGAGGAGUACACUCCAGUAAUCCUCGGCGAGGAGGGCGAUGAUCAGGGCCUUCUUGGUGCCGUGACGCUGGAGGAAAUACGCCUUGUACUGAACCCUUUCAGCCGUACCCUGCAUCCGAUGCGACUCCUAUGGCGGAGCUGA